ACCUAGGGGAGGCGGGCCGAGGGUGUCGGAGCUGCGGCCCGCGGUGAUCCUGGGCUGGAGGAAGCGGCGGUCGCUGCGGCGGCGGCGCGAAGACGGCGGGCAUGGUGGGGCGGGAGAAGGAGCUCUCUAUACACUUUGUUCCCGGGAACUGCCGGUUGGUGGAGGAGGAAGUUAACAUUCCCAACAGGCGGGUUCUGGUUACUGGUGCCACCGGGCUUCUGGGAAGAGCCGUGUACAAAGAAUUUCAACAGAAUAAUUGGCAUGCCGUUGGCUGUGGUUUUAGGAGAGCUAGACCAAAAUUUGAGCAGGUUAAUCUCUUGGAUUCUAAUGCAGUUCAUCACAUCAUUUACGAUUUUCAGCCCCACGUCAUAGUACAUUGUGCAGCAGAGAGAAGGCCAGAUGUUGUGGAAAAUCAACCAGAUGCUGCUUCUCAACUUAAUGUGGAUGCUUCUGGGAAUUUAGCAAAGGAAGCAGCUGCAAUUGGAGCAUUUCUAAUCUAUAUUAGCUCUGAUUAUGUUUUUGAUGGAACAAACCCACCUUAUAGAGAGGAAGACAUACCAAGUCCCCUAAAUCUGUACGGCAAAACCAAGUUAGAGGGAGAAAAGGCCGUCCUGGAAAACAAUUUAGGAGCCGCCGUUUUGAGAAUUCCUGUUCUGUACGGAGAAGUUGAAAAGCUUGAAGAAAGUGCCGUGACGGUUAUGUUUGAUAAAGUGCAGUUCAGCAACAAGUCGGCCAACAUGGACCACUGGCAGCAGCGGUUCCCCACACACGUCAGAGAUGUAGCCACGGUGUGUCGGCAGCUAGCAGAGAAGAGGAUGCUGGAUCCAUCAAUUAAGGGAACCUUUCACUGGUCUGGCAAUGAACAGAUGACUAAGUAUGAAAUGGCGUGUGCCAUUGCAGACGCCUUCAACCUCCCCAGCAGCCACUUACGACCUAUAACUGACAGUCCUGUCUUAGGAGCGCAGCGUCCCAGAAAUGCGCAGCUGGACUGCUCCAAAUUGGAGACCCUGGGCAUUGGCCAGCGAACACCGUUUCGAAUUGGAAUCAAAGAGUCACUCUGGCCUUUCCUCAUUGACAAGAGAUGGAGACAAACGGUCUUUCAUUAGAGUGUGUGUGGUGGUGGUUUUGUUUGUUUUUGUUUUUGUUUUUUAACGAGAAGUAUAGUAUGUGGCACUUUUUAAAGAAAAAAAGGAAAUAGUUUUGUAUGAGUGCUCUUUAAUUGUGACUCAUGAUCUUUCAGGUAAAUGAUGCUCUUGCACUGGUGAAAUUGUCUAAGGAAACGAAGGGCAAUACUGCCUUUUUUGAAGUAACGAUUUUUCUGUUUAUCAUUUUGUUCUGGCUUAAUUUGCUGUUUGAAUAUAGUAAAUUAUGAUUCUUAAAUACUGGAGAGCCAGGAUGAAACAGAUCUGCUGUAGACUCUUUGUUUUUGUUUUUGUUUUUUUUUGGAUGAAAUAUAUUGUUCAUUCCUAGAAAUAACCUCUACAUUUUCAGGACUUUUGCAACCGUUGAUCCUUUUAAAGUGAGUUAAAUAGUAUAAAAAAUCAUUGGUGUUCAUUGUUUGAUUUGCUUGAGCUCAGAUCAAAAUGUUUGAAGAAAGAAACUUUAUUUUUGCAAACGUAAGUGCAGUUUUUAUGCUUGAGAUAUUUCCACGUGUUAUGUAUAUCGGAACUCCUGCAGCUUGAUGCCUCCUGCUUUUGUAGUGGUGUGUGGUGAGCACUUGAGAGAGAGAGAGAGAGAGAAUGUGUGUAUGUAUUUUUUAAAUAUAUAUAAAACUGUCCUUUUCACUCCAUGUCACUUAAGUGAUAUUUCAUAUGUGCGGUAUACUAAUAGUAAUGGGCCUUGUAAGUCUUUUGACCAUUCAUGAGUAAUAAUAAAUAUGUACUGCUGGCAUGGUAA